UCGGAAUCCGGCAGGACAAAAAACAUGCGGGUCGCCUGUGAAUGUUUGAAAAUGUAGCAAAAUGAACGCGCUAGUAGAGAAAUAUGUUGCUAGAUCGACGAAUACAGAUCAAUUCAAUAAAUCUGAGAAAUUAAUGAUUUAGUUUCACUGGAUUAAAGCGGCUGACAUGUUUUUGGCAGCUUGUACAAAUCACUUGUUCAGUUGUGUUAAAGGGCACAUAAACAGACUGAGUGUCAGAUGCAACUACAGCUGGAAUUACAGAAGAGCUGCAAACUUACAGCUGAUAAACACUAAAUCUGAACUCGGAUGUUUCCAGAGACUCAGGACCAGAUGCUUGAACCCUUCACCUUUGACGUCUGUCACCUGUGGAUCAACCUCACCAACACAUGUGGACAUUCAUAGAGGAGAGAAUGAAAUAUCUGAUCAUCUCACCUCUGUUAUAUGUAGAUCAAAACGACAUACAAAUCACUACAGUCUCCAUCUGCCCUUGUCAAGCAGUAGAUUUUGUGCUUCAAAUGGAUUUUGCACGAAUGCUUCAGGAAAACCAGUACUGUAUGAAAAAUAUUCUAAACAGGAUUCAAGGGAAAAGGAUGAAGAUCAAGGAGCCUCCUCUUCAUCAGCUCCAUCUAAUGAGGGACAUUUCCAGUUUAAAGAGCUGUAUGAGAAUCCAUGGACGAUCCCUAAUUACCUCUGCAUGGCCCGGAUCGUGCUGUCGCCUCUUAUUGGAUACUUGAUAAUAGAGCAAUACUUCCACGUGUCCCUGGGGCUUUUUGUACUGGCCGGAGCAACAGACUUGUUGGAUGGCUACAUCGCUCGUAACUGGCCAAAUCAGAAAUCAGCUCUGGGCAGCGCUCUCGACCCAUUGGCUGAUAAAAUUCUCAUCAGCGUGCUCUAUGUUAGUCUGACAUAUGCACAACUCAUACCAGCUCCACUGACAGCGCUGGUCAUAUCCAGAGAUAUUGCACUGAUCGCUGCUGUUUUCUAUGUGCGGUAUAAAACUGUUCCUCCUCCAGUAACACUCAGCAAAUACUUCAACCCUUGUUACACCACUGCCCGACUAAAACCAACGCUCAUUAGCAAGAUGAACACGGCAGUUCAGUUGUUUCUGGUGGCCGCGUCUCUCGCCUCACCCGUGUUUCACUAUACUGACAGUGUUUUACUGCAGUCACUGUGGUACAUUACAGCACUGACGACUACAGUUUCUGGUUACAGCUACUAUCAUUACGGUAAAAAGACUGUCGAGGUGUUGAACAAACGGAAAUAGUUUAAGAGGUAUCCGUAGAGCUGGAUGCGACCUUUGGCAAAGACGUCCGGGAAUGUUUGGGAUAAUCAUUUUUGCUCUGUAAAUUGAUGAUUUAUUGUCUUUGGGCGCUGAGACAAACUAGUCUGUGUAAAAAACAUUAUUUUGGUAUUAAAUUGAUGUGGUAUCACUUCUAAUCAUGCUUUUUAAAUCACUUUUAAUGAACUCCAGGGGGCCUGGGUAGCUCAGUGGUAAAAGACGCUGGCUACCAUGUUCGCUAGUUCGCUAGUUCACAUUUACAUUUAUGCAUUUGGCAGACGCUUUUAUCCAAAGCGACUUACAGUGCCCUUAUUACAGGGACAAUCCCCCUGGAGCAACCUGGAGUUAAGUGCCUUGCUCAAGAACACAAUGGUGGUGGCUGUGGGGAUUGAACCAACAACCUUUUACUUACCAGAUCAGUGCUUCAGUCCACUACGCCACCACCACUCCAUAGUGUGCUGGGUGACUCCAGACAGGUCUCCAAAGCAACCAUAUUGGCCCGGUUGCUAGGGAGGGUAGAGUCACAUGGUGUAACCUCCUCGUGGUCACUAUAAUGUGGUUCGUUCUCGGUGGGGCGCGUGGUGAGUUGAGCGCGGAUGCUGCGGUGGAUGGCGUGAAGCCUCCACACGCGCUAUGUCUCCGUGGCAACGCGCUCAACAAGCCACGUGAUAAGAUGCGCGGGUUGAUGGUCUCAGAUGUGGAGGCAGCUGGGAUUUAUCCUCCACCCGGUUUGAGGCGAAUCACUACGCCACCACAAGGACUUAAAAGCGCACUGGGAAUCGGGCAUGCCAAAUUGGGUGAAAAAGGGGAAAAAUCUCCCCCCCUAUUUUAAAAAUAGAAAAGGACAUCAUAUUUGUGGUGUGCUUACAUUAAUAUACAAGUACAUAAAUGUUGUUUUUUAAGGUCUUUAAAUGAAUAUUCUGUGUUCAUUAAAACAUAAUCUUAACAGCUUUCUGGCAUAAUGUUGAUUCAUCGCUCCUUUUUUGCAGAACAACCCUUAUCUCAAAAGUUCAAGGGAAAUUUGAUUCCUCAUGAUUGAAUCCUCUUUAAAACUAUUUUUUUUUUUUUUUUAAGUGAACUGCCUUUGAGAUUAUUCCCUCCAUUAAAAUAAGACCUCAAGGUCAUUUUGUGUUUUCUAUAGACUAAAGAAUAAUUUGCCUUUAUAAUAAAGUGACUGAUGAAUAAAAAAAAAUUGUCUAUUCUAUGCAUAGCACAAUAAAGUGAAAUAAUAUGAAGCUAUUGAUCACAUUCCUGUUCAUUAAGAUGAUGUAUAUGAACAUAAGAGAUUUUAAAGUGGGAAUUAGUUUGAUUAAAGAGUCCUAAGCCAUGGACCAAACCAACCAGCUCUGAGAUGAAUCAUAACGUAAUAAAAUUUUAUUUGAAGCAAAAAAAUAUUAGAAAAUUUGACAGAGAGGCAAAGGUACGAGACUGUGUACUUAACGUCUUUAAUGAGGGAAUGAGCUACAAGCACAUGAAGCACUGCAAAUGAUGUAAUAGAAAUUAAAAAUAUAAAACUAUUCAUUUAAAGUUGUUGAUGAUUAUAGGAACAAUAUAUGUACAUUUUAUUGCAAAAUUUUCAGACAUAUAGAAAUAAGAAGUCAUUCACAGUUGCUGCAUCCGAAUAUCCAUACUUCCCUACUAUAUAGUAUGCCAAAAACAGUAUGCCAAUGGAGUAGUAUGUCCAAAUCCACAGUAUUCAUGAAGCAGUAAGCAAGAAAUACCCGGAUGAACUAUUUUUGGUGAGAUUUUGAAGUGCGGAUCGACUGGACACUUUCCGAUCCCAUAAUCGCUUGGGAGCUGAGGCGAAGUCGCGUUCAAAACACUAGAUUCAAACAAACGCCGGUAAAUCGUGUGUUGGACGGCUCUUCUCAACUGCAAGUGCAAUAUAUAGCAAAAUGGUGCUUGUUGAACAAAACCAGAGCAGAAUGUUUUCGCAGCUGUUGUUCUUACGUCAUAUAUUCGGGUCACAAGACAAUGCCCACGUCCCCUGAUGAAGUACACUGGCGGCCAAAAGUUUGGAAUAAUGUACAGAUUUCACGCACCUUACAGUCUAGCUGAUCCCACAACAGCUCAAUGGGGUUAAGAUCCAUAACACUCUUUUCCAAUUAUCUGUUGUCCAAUGUCUGUGUUUCUUUGCCCACUCUAAACUUUUCUUUUUGUUUUUCUGUUUCAAAAGUGGCUUUUUCUUUGCAAUUCUUCCCAUAAGGCCUGCACCCCUGAGUCUUCUCUUUACUGUUGUACAUGAAACUGGUGUUGAGCGGGUAGAAUUCAAUGAAGCUGUCAGCUGAGGACAUGUGAGGCGUCUAUUUCUCAAACUAGAGACUCUGAUGUACUUAUCCUCUUGUUUAGUUGUACAUCUGGUCUUCCACAUCUCUUUCUGUCCUUGUUAGAGCCAGUUGUCCUUUGUCUUUGAAGACUGUAGUGUACACCUUUGUAUGAAAUCUUCAGUUUUGGCAAUUUCAAGCAUUGUAUAGCCUUCAUUCCUCAAAACAAUGAUUGACAGAUGAGUUUCUAGAGAAAGCUGUUUCUUUUUGCCAUUUUUGACCUAAUAUUGACCUUAAGACAUGCCAGUCUAUUGCAUACUGUGGCAACUCAAAAACAAACACAAAGACAAUGUUAAGCUUCAUUUAAUGAACCAAAUAGCUUUCAACUGUGUUUGAUAUAAUGGCAAGUGAUUUUCUAGUACCAAAUGAUCAAUUUAUCAUGAUUACUCAAGGAUAAGGUGUUGGAGUGAUGGCUGCUGUCUAGAUUUGAUCAAAAAUGACUUUUUUUCAAAUAGUUUUUUAUAUCAGUAAUGUCCUGACUAUACUUUGUGAUCAGUUGAAUGACACUUUGGUGAAUUAAAGUACCAAUUUCCUUCCGAAACAGCAAAAUCUGUACAUUAUUCCAAACUUUUGGCCGCCAGUGUAUGUCUGAAAUCUGUUCAUACUACUUGCAUGCAUAGCUAACAGAACGUAUGGUUUUACCGGCCGAGAAGUGCGUCCUUCUUCAAAUACGGUACAUACUGUGACAGUACACUGCUUCGGACGCAGCUAGUGUCAUGGGAGUGAGCGGUCACUGCAGAGAUGUUUUGCCGUGAUUCUGUGAUUGGUGGAUUGUUUCUCCUCGGGAUCAUGUACAGUGAAGUUCUUCUAAAAUUGCACUAUUAUACAUUAUUUUAAAAAUAUGAAGUGGAAAUAACUGAUGGCUUCAACAGAAGCAUAAGUUAUGGUUUAGCAAUUGUUUAUAAGUCAACGAGUUAUCGUUAAACAUCAAUUUGCCUAUGGAAAAAAAUGAAAGGCAUUUUUUUUAAGGAAUAAAAGCACAAAUCCCAUGUUUUUCUUUUUUUUAAAGGUGCAGUAUGUAAGAUUCAAAAACCCUUGUUAUUAAUGACACCUGUGGCCGUUAAGUGAACUACAGCCAGCUGCCUGUUGCUCAUGCUCAGUCCAUAGGGACGCGAGCAUCAAAACAAUGACGUAACGUAACAGCAUCAUGCUGACAGAUGAGGUAGCAUAAUUAAAAUGACAGUUAUGAUUGUUUUACUACAAACUUUGAGACUGUAUAUUAUAUUUGACUCUCCAGUGCUGGAACAGGGCUAAAACAAAGUGUGGAUAUAGGUCUGACUAUGCGAGACUGUAGUUUGAAGUAAUCACUUUUCUUUGCAUGAUACAUAGGCUAUUGUAUAAAUGCAGUCAAUGUUGGCGUUAGCUAGCUAGCUAGCUUUAUCAAUUGCCGUUAGCUAAAUUUGGUGGAUGAUGACAGUAGCUGUUUAUAAAAUAGACUGUACAUUAUAAAUAUGUUGACACAAUUCGUAUUGAUGUGAUUCCAUCACAACUGUUAUUUUGAUAUAUCGAUGCGCUAUUGUUUUAUAAUAAUAGAUUGUAUAUAUUUUCUGUAUAACAAAGUUACGUUACACUAAUGAAUGGAGCUUUUUGCAUUAUCUUGAACAUUGUCUAGCAUUCAUUUCAUGUGUUAUUGUAGUUUAGCUAAAAUGACACAGACCAAUCCUUAUGGUCUAUAUAUACUAUAUUUCACAAGCUUUGCAGUUAUAUAAGCUUACCUGUCCAAUAAGAAGAACGCCAAUUCAGGGUCGGUUCUGAUCCCCAAAACCAAACGAAGGUCCCUCCAGGAAUCAAAUGCCCUGCCGAUGUUCACUCUAGUUUUCGCUUGACCACGAUCACAUUCCCGCUUAGCCAGACGGGAUUCAGUAGAUGAAUGUUAUUUUGUUUUUUUGGCUUACUCUGAGUUUGUGUAGGAGUCGGUGUUGUGCUGGGAGCCGGCCGUUUGCUGGAUACCAUACCUAGUGUUGCAGUUUGUUGUCGCUGUUGAAUAGCGGAAGAGAAGCACUGAUGCAAGGCUCUCGGGAGCGUGCAUAAUCAUCACAUCCUUUGGAAUUUCCCGGCAAAAAUGACCCGCUCCCUUUGCAUGAAAAUCUGUCUACAGGCUUUAAUAGGCAACCUAGGAAGUCCGGGAAGGUUGCGUUACAAGCCGUUCAUGCAUUGGCAAAAAAAGGGCAAAUAUUACAUGAAAAUUGUUACAUAUUGCACCUUUAUAUAAAUAUUAGAUAUGUAGAAUAGAAUUGUAGUGUUGACUGCAUUCAUCAAGCUCAACCAUUCAACCCUGUUACCCAAGUUGUUGUAUGAAAAAAAUAAUCAACUAUUUUCUUUUUAAGGGAAAUAUUGUUUUAUGUUUAUUUAAUGUUUAUAGCUAAAAAUCACAUAUGAACCCAUCAGAACCCAUAUGAAACUUCGAGAACAGGUCUGUGAAAUUACAAAAUUCAUUUUACAUAAAUAGAAAAUGACUCAAAGUUUGACCUCCUGGGGUUGACAAACAUUUUCUGAAAAUUUUUGAGUUUCAAGCCUUAUUUUGUAGUGCCUUACGUUGUGUCAUCUGUAUUUUGUGGUCAUAUAAUGUAGCUAAGGCAAGUUUGUUUUUGACGACAGGACAUUGUACUGCAGUAAAAUUGACCAUGAGUCAUGUGUUGUAAAGUGUUAUCGGGUGUGAGGGAGUGACCCUGUGCCAUGCUCACCCCGCACGGACGUCUUUCACCAGUGCCUCCUGCAUUUUUAUCUGACAGAUGCUUUGAUAAGGCUUCGAAGAAUCAACUGAGAUCCACCUAUUGUUCAAUGAUCUUUACAUCGAGUUGUACGCAGUGAUGUUGUCUUUAAGUACUUUGUUGAGUAUGAUGCCAUGUUUUGCAUUUCUGUGUCUUUUAUUAUUGUAUAAAUAGUGUGAGGUAUUUAAUGUGUUGCAUUCAGAGCAGGGGUUUGACUAGGAAUGUCAAGAAUUUUCUACUUUUUAGCUGCUGUGUUGUAGGCUGAUUUUUGGGUGGCCCUGAUGAAUGAGU